AUGGCCGAUCGGCUUAUGGAGAUGCACGGUUUUCCCAAGCCAUCUAUUUCAGUACUCUCAACUCCCUCAACUCCUCCUGCGUCUCCCGUCUCGCAGUUAGAGCUCGUGCUUACCAAGCUGGCCGACGUUGUAGCUUCUCUUCAGAAGUAGACAAUUUCUCCCUCAUCUCGGAGCCAAACGAAGUCGUCCACACCGCAUGUCCAGUCUGCAUAUCCAGCCCCUUCCAACACAGCCGUCACUUGCUAGUACCACAACACCUUCGGCGCUAAAGCCCGUUGCUGCAUCUAUCCCUGCUCCUUCACCUCCAAGCAGAGCAAAGGGGUAAAACCGGUCAGCCUGAAGGUCAGUGCAGCCAAUCUUCCCGACAGCUCUAACCCUGGUCGUAAAUUUUACGUCCACGACACCCGGAGUGGCAGACGUUUCUUGGUUGACAUUGGUGCCCAGCUAAGUUUCAUUCCACUCACACCAGCUGAUCGUCGCCGCCCCAAUCCCGGCCUUUUCCUACAGGCCCUCAACACAUCGCCAAUUACCACAUCUUGCACCCGCUCCCUCCCUCUGGACAUCGGUCUCCGGCGUCUUUUCCCUUGGGUCUUCGUCAUUUCUGACAUCCCCUGUGCCAUUCUCGAUGCAGACGUCCUCGCCGCCUUCGAUCUUUUGGUCGACUGCCGUCAGUCCCGUCUACACGACAAGACCACCAACCUCACCGUCCGGGGUAUUUCUUCCGACGCUUCCCGUCAACUCACCGUUCUGGACCCUGAAAUCGAGAAUCCAGUUCGGCAACCUCUCGCCAAAUACCCCGGCCUCACUCGUCCCAACUUCAGCGCUUCUUUUCUGCCACACGACGCUGUUCGCACAUCCGGACCACUGGCCUCCGUGUUUUCUCGGACCCGCCGUCUCGUGCCUGCACGUCUAGCUGCCGCCAAGGCCGAGUUCGAGCACAUCAUCAUCCGUCAGUCUGAAAGCUCAUGGACCUCACCCUUCCACAGGGUCCCACAGGCUGCCACUGGCGACUGGCGCCCCUGCGGUGAUUACAGGGUCCUGAAAAACGUUACUGUCCCGGACCGCUACCCUGUCCCACACCUUCAGGAUUUUACCGGGGCCCUAUUCGGCAAAUCGGCGUUCUCGAAGAUUGACCUGAUCCGCGCCUUCCACCAAAUUCCCAUCGUCCCAGAGGACGUUUCGAAGACGGCCGUCACCCCCCCCCCUUGGCCUUUUUGA